GAACUGCACGAACAGCCGCCGCUCCGGCGGGCUGCUCGCUGCAUCUCGGGGGCUUCUUUAGCCUUCCACGCCCGGCAGUUCCUACCUACGCCUUUCGCAACCUCUUCGGAACUGCGCGAUCCCGAGCGAGCAGGCUGGCCCGGGCUGCGGCGGCUGGUUACGGCUGGAGCGUUUCUCGGCGGUGUCGGCGGGACGGAGUACACGCUGCUUGGCGCCGCAGGCUGAGCCCGCCGCGACCCCGGGAACAGUGAUGUUGGGUAGCUCCGAGCCCGGGCCUGCGGCCCGCGAGGCGGGCUCGUCGCUGCUAACAUUGCAGCAUACGGCGCUCCAAGAGGACCAGGAGAACAUCAACCCCGAGAAGGCGGCGCCCGCCCAGCAGCCCCGGACCCGGGCGGGGCUGGCGGUACUGAAGACCGGGAACCCGCGCGUUCCAGCGCCGCAGCAGAGGCCCAAGACACGACGGGUUGCACCUCUUAAGGAUCUUCCUAUAAAUGAUGAACAUGUCACUAUUCCUCCCUGGAAAACAAACAGUAAACAGCCUGCAUUUACCAUUCAUGUGGAUGAAGCAGAAGAGACUCAAAAGAGGCCGCCUGAAUCUAAAAAAACAGAACAUGAAAAUGUCCUGGCUUUUAAUUCAGCUAUUACUUUACCUGGACCAAGAAAACCACUGGUACCUCUUGAUUAUCCAAUGGAUGGUAGUUUUGAGUCACCACAUACUAUGGACAUAUCAAUUGUAUUAGAAGAUGAAAAGCCACUGAGUGUCAAUGAAGUCCCAGACUACCAUGAGGACAUUCACACAUACCUUAGGGAAAUGGAGGUUAAAUGUAAGCCUAAAGUGGGUUACAUGAAGAAACAGCCAGACAUCACUAACAGUAUGAGGGCUAUCCUUGUGGACUGGUUAGUUGAAGUAGGAGAAGAAUAUAAACUACAGAAUGAGACCCUGCACUUGGCUGUGAACUACAUUGAUAGGUUCCUUUCAUCGAUGUCUGUGUUGAGAGGAAAACUUCAGCUUGUGGGCACUGCUGCUAUGCUAUUGGCCUCAAAGUUUGAAGAAAUAUAUCCCCCAGAAGUAGCAGAGUUUGUAUACAUUACAGAUGAUACCUAUACCAAGAAACAGGUCCUGAGAAUGGAGCACCUAGUCUUGAAAGUGCUUGCUUUUGACCUAGCUGCACCAACAAUAAAUCAGUUUCUUACCCAAUACUUUCUGCACCAGCCGUCUGCCAACUGCAAAGUGGAAAGUUUAGCAAUGUUUUUGGGAGAACUAAGUCUGAUAGAUGCUGACCCCUACCUAAAGUAUCUGCCAUCAGUUAUUGCUGCAGCAGCUUUUCAUUUAGCACUCUACACAGUCACAGGACAAAGCUGGCCUGAAUCUUUAGUUCAAAAGACUGGAUAUACCUUGGAAAAUCUUAAGCCUUGUCUCAUGGACCUUCACCAGACCUACCUCAGAGCACCACAGCAUGCACAACAGUCAAUAAGAGAAAAGUAUAAAAGUUCAAAGUAUCAUGGUGUUUCUCUCCUCAACCCACCAGACACACUAAAUGUGUAACAGUGAAAGACUGCCUUUGUUUUCUAAGAUGUAAAUCACUCAAAGUAUAUGGUGUACAGUUUUUGUAAGGUUUUAAUUUUACAAUCAUUUCUGAAUAGAGUUAUGGUCAAGCACAAAUUAUGGUAUCUAUUACUUUUUAAAUGGUUUUAAUUUGUAUAUCUUUUGUACAUGUAACUAUCUUAGAUAUUUGGCUAAUUUUAAGUGGUUUUGUUAAAGUAUUAAUGAUGCCAGCUAUCAGCACAGUAAGAAUAAGAACUAAUAAAUGGAUUUGGAAAAUUUGGUCUGUUAAGUCAAAUCUGAUUUGACUUUAUGAUAUCACUCAGAAUUAAUUUGAUUUACUACAGAAGGGAACUGGGAAGGCUUCUCCUGAAAUUAAAAGUUUUAGGAAAACAGAUAAAAGUUUGAACACUCAUUUUUCCCAAGGAACUGGAUCAGUUUGGUGACUUGAGCAUAAUCUAAGCAUAUCUGGAAUAAAUCUGUGCUUAUUUAUCAGUUCUGAUGAUCCUGAUAAUCUUUCAGCCCUUUGUACACACUAAGAAAAUGCUUUUUCAUUCCUCC